AUGGUAAUUAACUAUUAUAAUGGCGAAACAGUUGACGGCAACAGUAGCAGCAGCAACAACAACAACAUUAAAUACAACUUCAACAACAACUUCAACAACAGCAUCAACAAUGCAACCGAUCAAGAAGAUUACAACGUCAACUACGGAGCUCUCUUUCUUCUCGUCUUUCCGUUUUUCACUGUUUUUGGAAAUUUUCUCGUUUGUUUGAGUAUUUGGCGCGAGAAGUCGCUACACACGGCCACAAACUACUUCAUCUUCUCGCUGGCGGUGGCCGACAUCAUGGUUGCCAUUUUGGUUAUGCCCCUCGCUGUUUACGUUGAGGUAAACAACUCGAGAUGGGAGCUGGGGAACUCGUUGUGCGACAUGUGGGUGGCGUUCGAUGUCAUGGGCUGCACUUCCUCCAUACUCAACCUGGCAGCCAUCAGUGUUGACAGGUACAUCGCUGUAACAAAACCGAUCCAGUAUGCUAAGCACAAAAACUCGAGACGUGUGCAUCUAACUCUGGCACUUGCCUGGGUGGCCAGCAUCGCCGUCUCACUCCCCAUCACACUCGGUAUGAACUACACGAGCAGACGAGCUGAAACACCAUGGCUCUGCAUAUUUUACAAUUCCGAUUUCAUCAUUUACUCAUCCAUGCUCUCAUUUUACUUUCCAUGUAUCCUCAUGAUUUAUCUUUAUUGGAGAAUUUUCAGAGCUAUAAGACAGAGGUCAAGAAGAAAAUCGCAAGCAACAAAAAACCAAACACAUCAACAUCAACAGCAACAACAUCUUCACAACACAAAAACCAAAACCCUGCUGAAUAACAUAUCAGAAAAAACAGCCACAAUCGCCAUGAUAACAUCUCUCACAACGACCAACGAACAACAAAAUUCCACCAAUGAACCGAACAAAAUGCCAGAAACAAUUAUAAGCAGCAACAAGCAGCAGACAACGCCGAUAAAGAUUACUUUUCAAAGACAAUCAUCACCGUCAACCACCUCAAAACUAACAAACCGCCAACGACAGAGCAACAACUUCAGGUUGAGCACUUUCAGCUCGAGAAGAUCCACAGUUUUCAAUUUCAGCAUUCGAUUCACCAAACUGAAACACGAAAAAUCAUCGAACAAAAAAGAAAGGAAGGCUACACAAACGUUGGCAAUCGUGCUUGCUGUUUUCUUGUUUUGUUGGAUGCCCUUCUUCACGAUCAACAUCAUCAACGCCAUCUGCAUCAGGUACGAUCUCUUCUCCAAAACUUCCGCCUGCCACAUCCACCCCAUGGCGUUCUCCUUCUUCGUUUGGCUGGGCUACAUCAACAGCUUCCUUAACCCACUCAUCUACACUAUCUUCAACGCUGAGUUUAGGAAAGCUUUCAAGAAAAUUCUGAACUGCUACAGCAAGAACAUGGCGGGGUCGAGUGGAGGUGUAAGCGGCGGAGGAGCUGGUCUCUAA